AGAAGCCCGCUUUCUUCCGGAAAAACAACUGAUACGCAGUUUUAAAGCUAGGUGCGCACCUCGCCAUUUCCGACAUUACGAAUCCAAAAUGUCAGACAUCGAUAAAUGGAUAGAUAUUGCAAAAGAGUGCAAAUACCUACCUGAAAAUGACCUCAAGAAACUGUGCGACAUGGUGUGUGAUUUACUACUAGAGGAAUCCAACAUUCAACCAGUAUCAACGCCAGUGACAGUUUGCGGUGACAUUCACGGGCAGUUCUACGACCUCGAAGAGCUGUUUCGUAAUGGGGGCCAAGUACCUGAUACAAAUUACAUAUUUAUGGGAGACUUUGUCGACAGAGGAUACUACAGUUUAGAAACAUUCACCCGCCUCUUAACACUAAAAGCAAAAUGGUCAGAUAGGAUAACACUCUUGCGAGGGAAUCAUGAGUCCAGACAAAUUACACAAGUUUAUGGGUUUUAUGAUGAAUGUCAUAAUAAGUAUGGAAAUGCAAAUGCGUGGAAGUAUUGCUGCAGAGUAUUUGAUCUUCUUACAGUAGCUGCUUUAAUUGACGAACAAGUGCUUUGUGUUCACGGUGGCUUGUCGCCAACUAUUAGGACUCUAGACCAAAUUAGGACAAUUGAAAGAAAUCAAGAAAUUCCACACAAAGGUGCUUUCUGUGACUUGGUAUGGUCGGACCCAGAAGAUGUUGAUACUUGGACAGUUAGCCCGCGAGGUGCUGGUUGGCUAUUCGGAAGCAAAGUCACACAUGAGUUCAUGGGUAUAAAUGAUCUCAAACUCAUAUGUAGGGCACAUCAAUUAGUUCAUGAAGGAUUUAGGUACAUGUUCAAUGAUAAGUUGGUGACGGUUUGGUCUGCACCCAAUUAUUGUUACCGAUGUGGCAAUGUAGCCAGUAUUCUACAAUUCACUUCAGUCGACGAGAGAAGUGCGGUAUUAUUCCAAGCAGUACCGGAUGCUGAAAGAGUGAUUCCUCCCCUAACCACAACACCUUACUUCUUGUGAUCUAACUCGGCGCUCCAUCUGUCGCGAUGCAGAGGAGCGGCGUCGGGAUCUAGGCCUCACGGAGAUACAUGACUGCUCCUUUGUCAUUGAAUCGGGCUGUUAUUGUGACAGGAUGAAAAAUUUUUUAUAGUGUAUCGUAAAUUGAGAGAUUUUUUAUGAAAUCAGUUUAUCUGGAUUUAUUUUUAUUGUAUCUGAGAUGAAAAGAUUUUUGGCACGAAUCACGGUGCAUUUUUUAGUGAACAAGUAAAAUUGUACCCAUUAAAUUUGCGACCUCAGUUUAACAAUUUUUAUACGCUGAAAAUCUGUCUAUAGAAUAUGAUGAAGGAUAAAAAGGUUCUGACAUUGCAUCAGCCUGAUCUCCUUACUUCAAAGAGUUUCCGUAACUCCCAACAAAGAUAUUCAAUGGUCUACAUGCUUUUGCUGCCUACCGUGUACAUUUUGUAAAGCAUUGGCGCUUCAGAGCAGUACAUUGAACAUGUCGUUUGGUCAGCUGAGAGCUUUUAAAUCAUUUAAGAAUAUGAGUCAUUGGUCCAGUGAUACGAAGCAGACACAUGAAAUAGAAAAUAUUAUUCAAACAUUCCGACAGAAAGGAGGCUCUGGAAACAGUCAAUGCUUCUUCGACAUUACAUGUGCUGUGUAUAGAAUUCAGGUUUCCAGACACAUAAGCUAAUAUCUGGUCGUUAGGGUCUUCCCAAAGAUAUUAAUAACUUGAUUAUAUUUCCAUGAGCUCUGUACCCGCUGUUGCUUGCUAUGUUCUUUUCUUCUCAUUUUUAAAACAGACAUUAAUGCAAUUAGAAUAGUCGAAUCACAAAUGGUCAGAUGAAACUUAGUGUAUACCUGUCAUCCAAAGACAAAAAUACUGCCCUUGAAGGUGAUGAUGACUUGCUGCCAAUGAGCACGUCUCAAUUUUGUAAAUAAUACUAUAAUUAUUCUUUUCUUUCUGGUCAUACUUCGUGAAAUACAACUAAUGAUACUUGGAAGAAAAGACAAUUUUACCUUAGGUUCAAUCUACUGGAGUUAGGCCAGUGAUAGAACUCGACCAUUUCAUUUCUAAUAUAAGUUUUUAAUGACGGUAGUAAGUUGGGGAAAAGAUUCAAUCAAGAUCGGAAUCCGGGGAGGGAAGUACUAUUUUCGAUAGAAUGAUCCUGUAUUAUACGUGAUGGAAACUAUAUUAUCGCACGAAGAUUAGGAUAGUUUGGGGAUGAUUCAAUCUUGUCAUGCGGCGUGUUUGAUACGGUCAAAGUGAAAAAAACCAAAUUCGUCGGACGAACAAAUUUACGUGUACCUACAGGUCUCAUAUUAUACCUACUUACCUAUAUUCAUAUGCCAAAUUAUUGUUGUAUUAAUUGAUAGAUAGAUUAUCAUAAGUUUAUUGAAGUAGGGAGCAAUUUUUAAAACUGAAACCCUUAGCGAUGUGCCUCUAAAUUAAUAAGCAUUUGUGUAAUAUAAUAAUACAUUGAUACAUAGAUAGUAUUAACGCGCUAACUACUGCUAUAACAAACCUGAAUUCUAACACGUUUUGUCGCUAGUUCGCAGUACUCCUAUACUGAAUCACAGACCUAUAAACUAUAGCAUAAACUAGCACUGGCUGCUAAAUCGAAUCAGUACUACUUCAGCAUCUUGUGAAAUGGACAGAGUGGAGCUGCCACAUGUUAUCAUAUCGUAUGAAUCCUCAGAUGUAGAAUUACAUUUUCGUAUUUUGUACGCGAUUCUCACAACAGAUUCCCUGGCCUGACAAGUGACAACUACACAUUGAUUAAUCAACAUUGUUUGAUUAAUGAGUGCCUAUAAGAAUAGUAGAUAUUUACAAUUCUUCAGAUUACCUGUAGACUGACACCCAAAUAUGAUAGUUUUCACCAGCAGCUCAGUGUAAAGUGACAAAUAUAGCACAUUUUCAAACAACACUCAUUGUUUUUAAGCUCCAUUUGGAUGAAUAAAUCCUUUUAUUAAAAACCAUUGACCUAAAAAACUUCACAUUCCCAUCAUGACCAUUGUACGUGUUGAGCAUCGCACGAACAAUGCUAAAGUGUAUCAAUUUAAGUUUUCUUCAAAUUUCCAUUGUUAACGAACUCCAUUUAUUUCGAAGUUCUUAUGCAGGCGGUCAAAUUUUUCGUUGCACGAUUCAAAACACAGUUUCAAAGUAAGAUCGUUUCACAUUAAAAUCAAAGUUAUGUACCUAUCAUGUUUACAACCUCACGAUUUUUUUUUGAUCGGCUAGAACAAUCUAAUUCGGCGUUUGUAACUUUGUUAUCAGGCUCUGUUUUUGUUUUUAAAAAAAAAAAAACAUGCUCUUGUCAAGAUAGUCGUGAAAACAAAUGCUCGAACGCCUUUGACAUGUUCGCAGGCAAUUGAAGUCUUUCAAAUCUAUACAAAAAUAAGAGAUUCAACGUUUUCGUAAGAAGACGAAAUGGUAAUAAAUCAUCAGAAGAGGGAUUGUUGGGAAAUUUUUUGAAAUGCGUCCUGUUUAUUUUAUUAACCGUUAAGAAAGUUAAUAAUUGCAUCUAACCGUAUAAAGCAAGUAUCGUAUGAUAAUUUUUCGGAGCGUUGGAAGUAGCUUAUGGUGGUUGGCAAAGGGCGACAAUUUCGGGGCACAACAUUUGUGCUUUAGGGCCCAAUAAUUCCGAAACUUAAUCGGGGCAUCGUAUUAAUUAACAUAUUUUAUUUCUUGACUUGAUUUCCCUCUGUCUAUAAACAUAAGUUUGCCCUCACAAUAAUAGUAUGUAUCUGUCAAUGUACUCCGAAUAAACCGACCUCAGAACACGUGCUUAGCUUGAACGUUAUGAACCACCUUCGAAGAAUCUAAUAGUGAGACAUCAUUAUAAUAAAAAUGUACCUUGAAAGUAUAGAAUUUUGUUAUGUUAACAUCAUAAACACCUAUAUAAUAAAAUACAUGAAAAAUGA